AACGUGCUUGUGGGCGGGGCCCCAAGUCGCGGGAUUUGUGGGGUCGUAUCCCCCAGGCGUAGGCCGUCGUGGCGCCGGCCGGGCGGGAGAGCUGGACGCCAGCUUCUGUCGGCGUCCUGCUCCCCAGGGAACGUCACCCGCCUCCGUAGUGGGCAGAGGACGUUGUUCAGGGAAUGUGCUGUGUGAAUGAAAAGAGGCACCUGUUGUGAAACUUCCAGAAAAACGACCUACAUUAUCAGCUGCGGCACAGUCCUUGGCAGGCAAAGAAAUGAGAAAAAUACCAAAUCAUGGGAACUUAAGGGUGACGAAGGUGGCAUACCCCCUGGGGCUGUGCGUGGGCCUGUUCAUCUACGUCGCCUACAUCAAGUGGCACCGGGCCUCCGCCACCCAGGCCUUCCUCAGCAUUGCUGGGGUGGCCUCGGGGGCCCGGUGGGGCCAGCAGGCCCACAGUCCCCCAGGGACAGCUGCACAUGGCCACGAGAUCUUCUACGGGAUCAUGUUUGACGCGGGAAGCACCGGCACCCGAGUGCACGUCUUCCAGUUUGAUCGGCCGCCUGGAGAAACUCCCACUUUGACCCAUGAAACCUUCAAAGCACUGAAGCCAGGUCUCUCUGCUUAUGCUGAUGACGUUGAAAAGAGUGCUCAGGGGAUCCAGGAACUCCUGGAUGUUGCUAAACAGGACAUUCCCUUCGACUUCUGGAAGACCACCCCCCUGGUCCUCAAGGCCACCGCUGGCUUACGACUGUUGCCGGGAGAGAAGGCUCAGAAGUUGCUGCAAAAGGUGAAAGAAGUAUUUAAGGCAUCGCCUUUCCUUGUAGGGGAUGACUGUGUUUCCAUCAUGAAUGGAACAGACGAAGGCGUUUCAGCGUGGAUCACCGUCAACUUCCUGACAGGCAGUUUGAAAGCCCCGGGAAGGAGCAGUGUGGGCAUGCUGGAUUUGGGAGGAGGAUCCACCCAGAUCACCUUCCUGCCACGGCUCGAGGCCACCCUGCAGGCCUCCCCGCCCGGCUACCUGACCGCACUCCGGAUGUUCAACAGGACCUACAAGCUCUACUCCUACAGUUACCUUGGGCUCGGGUUGAUGUCGGCGCGGCUGGCGAUCCUGGGCGGCGUGGAGGGGCAGCCUGCGAAGGAUGGAAAGGAGUUGGUCAGCCCCUGUUUGUCUCCCAGCUUCAAAGGAGAGUGGGAGCACACCGAAGUUACAUACAGAAUUUCAGGGCAGAAGGCAGAAGCGAGCCUGCACGAGCUGUGCGCCAGCAGAGUGUCAGAGAUCCUGCGAAACAAAGUGCACAGGACAGAAGAAGUGAAGCACGUGGAUUUUUACGCUUUCUCCUACUAUUAUGACCUGGCAGCCAGCGUCGGCCUCAUAGAUGCAGAGAAGGGAGGCAGCCUCGUGGUCGGAGACUUUGACCUCGCAGCCAGCUAUGUGUGUCGGACCCUGGAGACGCAGCCACAGAGCAGCCCCUUUGCAUGCAUGGACCUCACCUACAUCAGUCUGCUGCUGCAGGAAUUUGGCUUUCCCAGGAGCAAAGUGCUGAAGCUGACUCGGAAAAUUGACAACGUUGAGACCAGCUGGGCUCUGGGGGCCAUUUUUCAUUACAUCGACUCCCUGAACAGACACAAGAAUCCAGCCUUGUAGCAGCCGAACUGCCCAGUCCCUGCCCCCGGUCAGUGGUGGUCUCUGUGCAUCUUCUGUCUUGGAUGUGGCAACUUCGUGGUCCUCGAGGGGCCACAGUGUGGGCUGAGCCCCUUCCUCCCUGCAGCCUGCAGUGGCAUUUCUUGUGGACUUGCAGGGGGCCCAGUGCCACCCUGGCCUGUGCAUCAGCCUCUCCCGGCCGCAUCUGGCCAGAGGGCUGGCCCGAGUCUGGACUCAGAUCCUACCUAAUGCCUCCUGCCUGCCUUGGCUCCAGGUGGGCAGUGAACCAGGCAGGGCACAGGCACAUGCUGAGGUGGCAACGCAGCUGCCAUCCCAUCCCACCUCUCCACAUGUGGGGCUGUGGCUGCUGCUAUGUGUGUCCCUGGGAUGUGGGUCUUGUUUUGUCUCCCAGCCUGUCGGCUUCCUCCGUCCCCGAGGGCAGACCUCCGCCUUCGCUGGGAGAGCUUGAGGGGGUUGUUCAUGCUGUCCUCACUUGCGGGGAGCCACGCAAGGUCCAUCGUGCCCUCCAGGAUGGCAAGUGCAGCUGGACUGCGGUGAAUUCCAGACUUGAGCGUGUUCAUCUCUUCCUCGGGUGUGGACGCAUGCAGUCGCCCGGAGUUCUGCUCUUCUCGAACCACGCGUGGUUUGGGGUUAAGCAAUGGAGCGAACACUCUGGGUAGGAGGAGGGCUGGGGGACACCUCUCCACAGAGCUCAUGUGCCUGCUCUUCGGACAACGUCUCCCACCGUGGGCGGGUGCUGAAUGUGAACCGCUGUAACGUUAUUUGUGGCCAUGCUGCUUGAGUGAUGUCCCUGUUGUGUGGGUGCCGAGUGCUUGUGUAGAAACUGUGUUCUGAGCCCCCUUUUACGGACACCACCUCUAUGUCCCAGUGAAUGUAUCGCUACCGUGAGCCGUUUGCAGCCCAGCGAGGGCAGUGUCAGAAGACACAGCCCCUCCACAGUUCAGCUGAGCCACAGUCCCUAGAACUGCGCUCUUGUGGUGUCCCAGGCCACAGUCUGUCCACCUUGGACUGACCCGCCCUCCCCCGUGGACAGUGCAAGCCCUGGGCCUGCAUCCUCUGUGGCAUGGUGUGGGCCCCGGUGCCCAAGUCCACUGGCGUUUCUUCAGUGAAUGUACAGUACACGGCACAAGCUGAACCUCGUGUUCCACUCAAAAUAAAAGUUUUACAAGGG